AUUCCAGACAUCGAUGACUGCGCUCUUGGACCAUGCCAAAAUGGAGCUACUUGUGUGGAUGGCGUAAAUGACUACAAUUGCACCUGUGUCGUCGGAUAUACGGGAAAGAAUUGCAGCGUUGGUAAGAAUACUUUGUCAAUUACAUAACCUUAAAACAAAGAGAUUCAAUAUAAGAAAAUAAGACCAAUCAUUAAUCUCGAGAAUCUUUAACUUAAGAUAUAGAUGAUUGUGCUGAUAGACCUUGCCAAAAUGGAGCAACUUGUAUGGAUGGCGUAAAUGACUACAACUGCACCUGUGUCGUCGGAUAUACAGGAAAGAAUUGCAGCGUUGGUAAGAAAAUUUUGUAAAUUGCCAACCUAUAAUUAUAUUCUAUGUAUAACAGCAAAACGUAAUUCUAGAAACCUAUUCAAGAUAUAGAUAACUGUGCAGAUGGACCAUGCCAAAAUGGAGCCACAUGUACAGAUGGUGUGAAUGACUAUCGUUGCACCUGUGUCGCUGGAUUCAAGGGAAAGAAUUGUAGCAUUGGUAAGAAAAUAUUGAAAAUUUUGAACUUAUUAGAAAAAAGGCAAUUUAAUAUAUAGCACCAAAAUGAAAUUGCAGACAUCUUUUAUCCAAGAUAUAGAUGACUGUGCAGAUGGACCAUGCCAAAAUGGAGCCACAUGUACAGAUGGUGUGAAUGACUAUAGUUGCACCUGUGUCGCUGAAUUCAAGGGAAAGAAUUGUAGCGUUGGUAAGAAAAUAUUGAAAAUUUCGAACUUAUUCGAAAAAAGGGAAUUUGAUAUAUUGCACCAAAAUGAAAUUCCAGCAAUCUUUUAUAUAUCAAAGAUAUAGUUGACUGUGCAGAUGGACCAUGCCAAAAUGGAGCCACAUGCACAGAUGGUGUGAAUGACUAUAGUUGCACCUGUGUCGCUGGAUAUACGGGAAAGAAUUGCAGCGUUGGUAAGAAAAUUUUGUAAAUUGCCAACCUAUAAUUAUAUUCUAUGUAUAACAGCAAAACGUAAUUCUAGAAACCUAUUCAAGAUAUAGAUAACUGUGCAGAUGGACCAUGCCAAAAUGGAGCCACAUGUACAGAUGGUGUGAAUGACUAUAGUUGCACCUGUGUCGCUGGAUUCAAGGGAAAGAAUUGUAGCAUUGGUAAGAAAAUAUUGAAAAUUUUGAACUUAUUAGAAAAAAGGCAAUUUAAUAUAUAGCACCAAAAUGAAAUUGCAGACAUCUUUUAUCCAAGAUAUAGAUGACUGUGCAGAUGGACCAUGCCAAAAUGGAGCCACAUGUACAGAUGGUGUGAAUGACUAUAGUUGCACCUGUGUCGCUGAAUUCAAGGGAAAGAAUUGUAGCAUUGGUAAGAAAAUAUUGAAAAUUUCGAACUUAUUCGAAAAAAGGGAAUUUGAUAUAUUGCACCAAAAUGAAAUUCCAGCAAUCUUUUAUAUGUCAAAGAUAUAGUUGACUGUGCAGAUGGACCAUGCCAAAAUGGAGCCACAUGCACAGAUGGUGUGAAUGACUAUAGUUGCACCUGUGUCGCUGGAUAUACGGGAAAGAAUUUUAGCAUUGGUAACGAAAUAUUGAAAAUUUUGAACUUAUUCGAAAAAAGGCAAUUUAAUGUAUAGCACCAAAAUGAAAUUGCAGACAUCUUUUAUCCAAGAUAUAGAUGACUGUGCAGAUGGACCAUGCCAAAAUGGAGCCACUUGUAUGGAUGGUGUGAAUGAUUACAGUUGCACCUGUGUGGUUGGAUAUACGGGGAAGAAUUGCAGCAUUGGUAAGAAUAUUUUGUCAGCUGAAAAAUUGCAAACUGUAUAAUACAAAUUUGUAAUCUCAAGAAUCUUUGGUCCAAGAAACUGAUGAUUGUGCUCAAAGACCAUGCCAAAAUGGAGCUACUUGUAUGGAUGGUGUGGAUGAUUACAGUUGCACCUGUGUGGCUGGAUACACGGGAAAGAAUUGCAGCCUUGGUAAUAAUUAUAAUUCCUUGUCAACUGGAAUAAUUAAAAUUAACUCAAAAUGUGAUCAAAGUAAGACAAAACUUUAAUGACAAGAAACUCUUACUUAAGAUAUAGAUGAUUGCGCAUUGGGACCAUGCCAAAAUGGGGCAACUUGUACCGAUGCUGUGAAUCACUACAAUUGUUACUGUGUCACCGGAUACACAGGAAAGAACUGCAAUGUAGGUAGGAAUAUUUUGUCAUUUGGAAACUAAAAAAAUUUACUUACUUCAACGCAACAAAAAAUUAAUCUCAAGAUUUUUUAGUUCAAGAUACAAAUGAUUGUACCCAAAGCCCAUGCAAAAAUGGGGCCACUUGCACAGAUUGGGUAAAUGACUAUUAUUGCAGCUGUGUCGCCGGUUACACGGGGAAAAAUUGUACCGUUGGUAAGAAGGCUUGUAAAAUACACCUUAUUCAAAAUAAUACGAAACGGUUAAUUAAAUUUUUUUUUCCUCAAGAUAUAGACGAUUGUGCUAAUGGACCAUGUCAAAAUGGAGCAACUUGUACGGAUAAUGUAAAUGACUACACCUGCACAUGUUUCGCUGGUUACUCGGGGAAGAAUUGUACGGUUGUCAUUGCUGGUAAAAAAUACUUUGUCAUAUGA